GCCGGCAGUUCGUUCCAUUCAGUAGCGGACCUACUGCGUCCCUAUGUCGUCGUCAUCGCACGAACGAUUAAGUGACAUGACAGCGCGAUCGUGGUCAAGCGGCUGUAAUGCUUUUGUUGCGCUAAUUGUGUUUGAAUCAUUUUAAAGCUAAUUACACAUGUUCAUUUAACUGAUUAAAUUUAUUAGCACAUCAACAGUCAGUUGAUAGGAUAACGGCUCGAAAACGACGAGAUCAACGUCGGCAGCGGUGCACGUGCUGCACCUGAUCGAGUACUAACUAAAAAUAACAAGUUUUUUCUGGACCAAUUGAUUGGCAGUAGUUUGAGUCGCUGAUUUUUGAAAUUGUACUACCAGCAAACGUCUAGACACCUCUCAGUGACGACAAUGCUGACACGAGGCCAAAAAAGCUAUGAAGUAUAAUAGAAACAAUACUAAUGUGGUAGGAUACUAAAUGCACCUGCCAAGUAAAGAUUACCACAAUUACUACAUUUUCUUUAAAGUAGUGUAAAUUUUCAUACAACAAAAUAUUGGUCCUGUUAUGAUAAAUAAUUGACAGUUAAAAAUAAUUUUAAGAAUUUUGAAUACCAGUACAAAUUAUUUCAAAAAUACUCAAAGAAAAAAAAAUGGAAUUGGAAGAACUUUACCAUAAGUAUCGAAUACGUCUCAAACAAUCAUUGUUCACAUCAUUCGUGGCUGUUGGAUUUGCCGUUUGUACAAUAGCAUUGAUCUUAUUAAUAUGUUUUUAUUCUAGAAUAGCCAAGUCAGAGGUGCCUUUGGCGUGCGUUUCAAUUGCCUGGCUGACAUUUGCUUGUACUUUUGGGCUUACACAAUCAUUACCAACAGCAUUUAAUUCAAAGCCGAUUGCUGCUAUUGUAUCUGUGACCACAGUACUUGCGGCCGUAGCAGCCGUUCUUUUUGGGUGUGGAGCUCACGCAACUUAUAUGCUCGUACCAGUUCUGAUAGCUACACACUCGAUGGUACCUAUUCAUAUUACAAUGGCGUGUACUGCGACAACUUCGAUUGUCAUAGCACGUAUAAUAUUGUUGUUAAUAAAAAACGAAGUUUUACCAAAAAUGUCAUUUAUUAACCAAAUAAUUUCCGAAGUUGUACUACUCAUUUCAUCCAGUUGUGUCGGCUGGUAUUAUCAGUUCAUGACGCAUAAAGCCAACAGGAUAAUGUUUUCCGGUACCAGAACGUGUAUAGAAUCGAGGAUAAAGUUGGAAUGCGAAAAAGAGCAACAGGAGCAGUUGUUACUUAGUGUCAUUCCAGCAUAUAUAGCAGCAGAGGUGAAAAGAAGUAUUAUGCUAAAGAUGGCGGAUGCAUGUCAAGACGAUGUGACUAACAAACAGACAAGAUUCCACGAAAUGUAUGUUCAAAGACACAAUAAUGUAAGUAUCUUAUAUGCAGAUAUAGUUAACUUUACUCCCUUGUCUGAACAAUUAUCGGCAUCUGAUCUCGUCAAGACACUCAAUGAAUUGUUUGGUCGAUUUGAUCAAAUAGCUCAGGAUAAUCAAUGCAUGCGGAUUAAGAUCUUAGGUGAUUGUUACUAUUGUGUUUCUGGAUUACCCGUGUCCCGGCCAAAUCACGCAUACAACUGUGUCAACAUGGGCUUGCAAAUGAUCGAAGCUAUUAGGUUCGUCAGAGAAGCGGCAGGUUUCAAUGUAGACAUGAGAAUCGGUAUACAUACGGGAAACGUUUUAUGCGGUGUGUUAGGACUAAGGAAGUGGCAAUUCGACGUUUGGAGUGAUGAUGUCACGCUUGCUAAUCACAUGGAAUCUGGUGGUGUCCCAGGUCGUGUACACAUAACAAGAGCCACAAUGCAACAGUUGAAUGGCAGAUUCGCCGUUGAACCUGGUAACGGAGGUUCUAGAGAAGGUUACUUGGCAGACCACAAAGUCGAAACUUUCCUCAUUAUACACCCAUCUGAGCAAACCGCAAACGGUAAGGCGUUGGAUUCAAAAGGAAACAAGCAUGUAGAAAAUAUCGGACGCAUUCAGGAUGAUGGUGUAAAUAGAAAUCGUUCUCCGAGUAAAAUGACCAAAUACAUAGAGUGCUGGGGAGCAGACAAACCAUUCGCUAAUAUAACUGAAAGUACAAUGGCAAAAAACAUCGGACUUGCGAGUUUAGCAAUGAUCGAAUCGAAUUUAUUGCCCUCCAAAAACACUUGUUUAGAUUGCCAAAAAUGUUAUAGUAUAGAAGAUUUCAACCCGGUAUGCUUGUGGUUCAAAAAUGGAAUUCAAGAAUCUCAAUAUAGAAAUCAAAAUGACCCGUAUUAUAAAUACUACAGUACUGCCGCUUUAGCAAUUUUUCUUUGUAUCACUGUUACUCAACAACUAAUGAUUCCUAAAACGUUGACAAUGUGGAUAUCUCAAGGAGCUUCUCUUUUAACAUUAUCAGUUUUUACUUAUGUUAGCUGGAUGCCGGCCUACGAUUGUGCUUCUCAAGAUAACAUAUCCGUAGGUUCGUCCAGAUUGCUUCGAAUAGCUAUUUUUUUAUUAACAUCGACCUUAGUAGGAGUAUGUACUGUAAUCCUACUAUUAGACUCUGAUAAUAAAUAUGAUGAAAACACAAUUUUCAAAAAUAUAACCUUAGACUAUCCACUACUAAACAUCACUUCAAACUCAUCUAAUAAUAUGGCUCCAGAUGAAUAUAUACAUUUAUCUUCUAUUGUUUUAGCAUUCAUGUAUAACACAAUAUUUACAUUGAUGUCGAUUGCAGUGUUUCUACGAAUCGGUAUCACUCUAAAACUUUUCAUAAUGAUUUUGUGUUCCAUACUACACUUGUCGCUAUAUCAAUCGUUACCAUUGUUUCAAUAUCAUUUCAAGGAAUAUGAUGAGUCAGAAAUUCCAUGGCAGUUAAAAAUAUGGGCUCCAAUAGUACUUUUAAUGGUCAUAUUUAUUAUUUUGGAUCGAAAAAAUGAACUUUCCGCACGAACGGAUUUUCUAUGGCGAGCAAAAUUAAAAGUCGAACAAGAAGAAGUUGAAACGAUGCGAGGUAUCAACAAAAUACUAUUGGAAAACAUUUUACCAGCUCACGUCGCUGAACAUUUUCUUCGAGAACAAGCACUACAGGAUUUAUACCAUGAGCGCUACAGCUGUAUUGCAGUUAUGUUUGCUUCUAUACCAAAUUAUAAAGAGUUUUACGAUGAAAACGACGUCAACAAACAAGGACUCGAAUGUCUCCGACUACUAAAUGAAAUUAUAUGUGAUUUCGAUAAACUUUUAUUAAAGCCCAAAUUUAGUUCAAUUGAAAAAAUUAAAACAAUAGGAAGUACAUAUAUGUUAGCAUCAGGUCUUAGGCCAGGAAAAGAAGACAGCAAAUUAAAGGCAGCCGACAGACAACAAGAACACAAUGUAGUAAUUUUAGUAGAAUUUGCUAUUGCAUUAAUGACAAUUUUAGAGCAAAUAAAUCGAGAAUCAUUCCAGAGAUUUAAAUUGAGAAUAGGUCUUAAUCAUGGUCCUGUAAUAGCUGGCGUAGUAGGAGCUCAAAAGCCUCAAUAUGAUAUUUGGGGUAACACGGUAAACGUAGCUUCUAGGAUGGAUAGUUGUGGUAUAAUGGGCAGGAUACAGGUUACCGAAGAUACAGCAAAAAUUUUGAUGUCAGCUGGUUAUGAAUGUGAAUGUCGAGGCCCAACAUUCGUUAAAGGAAAGGGUACAUUAACCACGUACUUUGUGAAAACACAAUAUGACUCCAAAGAAAAAUAAAUGUUUUAUAUCAUUUGACAUAUAAUUGACAGAAAGAAAAUAUUUUGAGUAAUAAUCUAAUUUUUUCAAUAAAUGGUUAGGCUCAAUGGUUGUCAAAAAUCUGUGACGAUGACCACCAGUUAAAAAUUUGCUUAAUAUCUUUAUGCUUAUGAUAUUAAGUAUCAAUAAAAGUAAUUUUAUUGUUUAAUUA